CCCACCUUUACGGCUUUACCCUCUCUCCCUCGAAACGCCCACGCAUCGCUCGAGCCGCAAUGGCGCCUCCCUGCGGCGAUGCCGCGGCGGCUGCCUCCGCCGCGCCCGGCCUGGCCAACCUGCUCAUUCGCGAAGGCGCCGGCCUCCCUUCGCGUCCCGAACGGUACCCGCCAUUCCGGCCCUGUACUUCUGAUUCCUUUGCUCCAAUCUCUAGGGAAGGGGACGAUAUUCCCCCCCAAAAAAAAUCGGUUUCUUUACGCAGCGGCGGCGGCGGCAAUGCGGCAGAGAGGGAGGAGGGCGGUGCGAACAGGAACGGGAAGAAGGAGAAGACCGGGGCGCAGAGGAUCACCGGGUGGGGGCUCCGUGAGUUCAGCAAGAUAGUUUCUAAGAAAGUUGAGGCCAAAGGAAGAACCACAUAUAAUGAGGUUGCCGAUGAGAUUUUUGCGGAGCUGAAGUCCAUUACGCAGAACGGUCUGGAGUUUGAUGAGAAGAAUAUUAGGCGGAGGGUAUAUGAUGCUUUCAAUGUGCUCAUUGCAAUUCGUGUUAUUGCAAAAGAUAAAAAGGAGAUAAAGUGGAUGGGCCUUACUAAUUAUAGAUACGAAAAGAUACAGAAGUUGGAGGAAGUUCACAAAGAACUCAUCACCAGGAUCAAGAAUAAGAAGAAGCUUCUCCAGGAAAUUGAAAAGCAGUUUGAUGACCUUCAGAAUAUUACAUUACGCAACCAGGCUAGUCAGAGGCCAGCAGAAAGUGUUAAUGGCAUCCUCCUUCCGUUCUUAUUGAUCAAGACAUCCCGAAAAGCAAGGGUGGAAAUUGAGAUUUCGGAAGAUUCGAAGUUUGCACGGUUCGACUUCAACGGUGCACCAUUCACCAUGCAUGAUGAUGUAUCAAUCCUUGAAGCCAUCAGGCGUAACAAAGGAAGAGCUGGCCUCUCCAUUCACCCUUAAGAGGCACAAGAAUGUGACAAAACCAAUUGAAGUGUCAAAACUCAAAACUGGCACCACCAGUUUCUUUUGCACAGUUAUGUAUAGCUAUAGCGUACCUUUCAGUAUGGAAACUCGACCUAGUUUAUAGGACAGUCUCUCAGGCUUUUUAGCAGAUAUGACCUGCGAAUUUUGCCUCUUUUUUGUGCCUAGCAGGUGAGUAUGGAAUAGUUUUUUCUUGCGUGUGCUGCUAUGUAUAAACUCAAUUGCCGUUUCAAUUCGAAGCUUGUGUACAAGCUCCAUUGAUGACCACGGUGUGUCGCUGUAGGCAGGUCAUGCUUUUGGGAGCAGUGAGAGACUGAUGGUUAUCGUCAAUGGAUGAUGGUUCUCCAA